GAUGUCGAGUGGACACAACGUUGCGCAAACGAAGUGUGAUAUAUAACGCCCACUCCUAGUGUCAAAGUCAACAGAAAUUAACCAAGCAGCACUAAACAAACAAAAGCUAUCAAUUUACUGUUUCAUUGGUUUGUUUACAUUUUAUUUACAAUUUUUAUUCGCUAUUUUAACUUUGAUUUUGCCAACGGAGAAUUGUUAAUUUCAUAGAUCCAUUGCCCAAAUUCAGUUGAAUUCACUAGGUAUUAGUGUAAUAUAAAAGAAAAUGUUCGAAUCUGACGAUUAUGAUCAGAUACUGUCGCAAUUCGAUUUCCCAAAUUUGCCUGUAGUCGAUCAGAAAGGCAUUGAAAGUGGAAUAGAAAAUUCCGAAAAUGUACACACAAAUGUGAAAGAAAAUUUAAAUAAAAACAAUAAUAUAACAAAUAAAGUUGAUAAUAAAUCAAAUUCAACUUUUAUUCCUGCCCUCACUGAAGGAACACAAUCAACAAAAAAAUGUUUUAACACGUCAUCUCCCAUACUACAACUUAAAGAAUGUUCAACGAAUAUUUCUGAAAGUAUCAGAAUGCCUGACGAUUUGAAAGUAUCUCCAAAGCAUUCAAAGCGUAAAAUUAUUGAUUCACAUUUUGAUUAUAAUAGUAAAAGGAAGUUUCCUGGACCUGCAGGCCUCCUAACAGGUAGCCUUCGGGAGAGUAAAGAUGAAACAGUCUGUCAAUUGGAACUAUUUUCUCAGGAUGUUGAUUUUUCACAAAACAGCAUAAAAAGAGGAUGUUUUGAGUCACCACUGUGGAGUAAGCUAAAAGAAGACAUUGUAGCAUGGAACCUAAUUGAAAUCGAUUCGAUAAAAGGAAUUAAACAGCAAGCACUGGCUGGUAAUCUUCGUAGAAGAAAAGCACAAACAGUUACAGCAUUUAUUGAGACUGUAGAUAGAUCAGCAACUGACCCGCUUAUUGUGUUGAGGGACCCUACAGGUAAUAUCAAAUGCACACUCCAUAGAGAUGCCUGGUCACUAUUUUCUUCAUAUCUAGUAGCAGAUCAGUGUGCGCUUGUCUUAUGGAGACCUACAGUCCUCACAACGGGCAGUGCUUUCAAAAAACAUUACUUAAAUAUUACUUUAAGCAAUAUUUAUGCCAUAUUCAGUUCAGCAAUAUUAUAUGAUGAGUCAGAAUCAAUGCCUGAUCGGUAUCUGAAAGAAUGUGAAAAUGACUUCACAAUUAUAAGGAUUAAAGAGGCCCCAGAAUGUUUAGGAGUGGAUGUUACAGCCAAAAGUGACAGCACUAGCAAUGAACAUUUAUUAGAUGAUUUAGAUAGUAUAUUUUCAGAUGAUUUAUUCUGAUGAAUCAUUAAUAUGUCACUUCACACAUCAAUGGACUCAUUCUGGAUAACCAAUGUUAUUUAUUACAUUAUACUUUACUAAUAUUUCUUUGCGGAACUUCGAGCGGCAAGAUGAGUUCGUGAAGUACAGCACUGGCAAGAACUGGAUUGCGUUGGGCCAGGAAAGCGAAAGUUGGCAUAGACAGGUUUAUACCCAGCUGUGGGCCAUGGAGGGACAUAAAACAUCUGUGAUUGUCCUGUAUUAAAAAGCUUAAGCCUUAACUUCCCUCUCUAUCUUUGAAGUUAACUG